AUGAGGGUUAGUUGGGACAAUGCUAGAAACAUUAUAAAUAGUGGGGACAAUGCUGGUGAUAUCAUAGUUAUUGGAGACAAUGCUAGAAAUAUUAUAACUAGUGGGGACAAUGCUGGGGAUAUCAUAGUUAGUGGAGACAAUGCUGGUAAUAUGAGUGUUAGUGGGGACAAUGUUAGUGAUAUUAUAGUUAGUGGGGAUAUUGCUGGUGAUAUUAUAGUUAGUGGAGACAAUGCUGGUAAUAUGAGUGUUAGUGGGGACAAUGUUAGUGAUAUUAUAGUUGGUGGGGACAUUGCUGGUGAUAUUAAAGUUAGUUGGGACAGUGUUAGUAAUAGUAUAGUUAGUGGGGACAUGGCUGGUGAUAUUAUAGUAAGUAGGGACAAUGUUAGUGAUAUUAUAGUUAGUGGGGACAAUGCUAGUGAUAUUAUAGUUAGUGGGGACAUUGGUGGUGAUAUUAUAGUUAGUAGGGACAAUGCUGGUAUUAUAAGGGUUAAUGGGGACAAUACUGGUGAUAUUAUAGUUUAUAGUGAGGACAAUGCUGGUGAUAUGAGGGUUAAUGGGGACAAUAUUGGUAAUAUUAUAUUAGUUAAUGGGGACAAUGUUGGUAUUAUAAGGGUUAGUGGGGACAAUGCUGGUGAUAUUAUAGAUAGUGGGGACAAUGCUGGUAUUAUAAGGGUAAGUGGGGACAAUGUUAGUGAUAUUAUAGUUAGUGGGGACAAUGAAGGUAUUAUUAGGGUUAGUGGGGAUAAUACUGGUGAUAUUAAAGUUUAUAGUGGGGACAAUGCAGGUAUUAUUAGGGUUAGUGGGGACAAUGCUGGUGAUAUUAUUAAAGUUAAUGGGGACAAUGUUGGUAUUAUAAGGGGUAGUGGGGACAAUAUUGGUAAUAUUAUAGUUAGUGGGGACUAUGCUGGUUAUGUAAGUGCUGAGGAUGACAAUGCUGGUGAUAAAAGUGUGAUUGAUGACAAUACUGAUGUAAUGAGGUCUAAUUUGGUGGCAAUGCUGCUUAUAUAG